CAACUUUUGAAAGAACCCUUGUUUGUUACAGGUUUAACGUGAAAUAGCGCGGACAAAGUCAUACUGUGCGACAAUUCAGAUAAGGAAGGACGUAACAUAAAGAAAAAGAAAGUUUCAGGUGAAAUCGGACAAAAUCAUACUGUGGGACAAUUCAGAUAAGGAUGUUCCAUAAAGAAAAAUAAAAGUAUUACAGUGUAACAGAGAAACACAAUGGCUUUAUCUGAAAUAAUCUGGCCUAUGGAUAACGGUUAAUUUCUAUUAAAAGGCGGAAGUAAUUAAAGUGAAGAUGGAUGUAAAACAACUUCUUGAAGACACAGGCCUUGUGCAUUUUUAUCCAGGAAAAAUGGAUAGACAACAUCUUUUUUCAGUAUCAUUGUAUGACUUUGACCAAAGAAGUAACACUAAAGAUCCAAAAACACUGUGUGAAAAAUACUUGCAUGAGAUAAGUAAUUUUUAUGGAGAGUGCCGUUUUUUAAGAAAUAGGUCACAUUUUAGAAGUACAGGAAUUCGAUCCAGAAAGAACGAUCACUUGAAGGAACAUUCAUUGCAAUAUCAAGUUCAUCCUUUAGAAAUAUCUACUGUCAUUCUCCUGUGUUGUGAUCAUGUCGCUAGGCAAGAUUUAGUAAGACAUUUCUGGGCUUGUAAACAUGCGUUCCCGUUAGUAUUACAAAUCCCGUCAUCAAAUCAUUUAGGAAAUGAGACACAGGUAAAGAUGUUCGCAUGGCCUAUUCGUGGCAUUGUUGGAAAAGUUGAAAACUCCGAGGAUGACACGUCUAUUGAAUAUUCCCUUACACAAAUGCAAUUCAAAGUUGUAUCUUGCUUCCGAUUUAGCGACUCUGAAUGUUCAAAGUCAGGUCUUUAUAACAAUGUAAUCAACAAAGCGUUACCAGGUUCAUCAAUUUUUUAUCACAGAGAAUGUGUCGGAAGCGUAAAAGACAGACGACAGUUUAUUUCCGGUAUGAUAGAAUCGUUUCCUUACAUGUAUACAAGUCAGGGAGGAGGGCCUACGUUAUACCUUAAUUUACGGGGAAACGCUUUCGACUUUGAAAUGCAGCGAAAUUUCCUCAUUCAGGCCUCGUCAGUGGUGAUUAUAUUUUGUAAAUACUCGGAAAGUUGCCAAGCAGCAAACCUUGUCAAAAAGGGUGCGAUCCUCGGUGACCAAGAUAUAUUGUUUAUAUUGACCGAUAUGGUAGAUGACACAAACACUGAAACAAACAUUGAAAAACUUUUGCAAGCAUGGCCAGAUAUCACUUUUAUAUGCAGGAAGAGUGUGCAAAUUCCAGACAUUGUUGAAAUUAUUUCGGAAGCUGUCUUAGGUAAUAAAAGAACUUCAAAGGUAGAAAAUCUUGUAAGACUUGCACUUGAAAAUGGAAUGAACAUUGACGAGAACGACUCUGAAAUUUGCAAGCAUAUUCAAGAUGCUGAAAGUGUUUCAGCAGUGAUAUUGAAGCGAUAUGAGUCUCAUUCAAAACAUGAUCUGUUUCCGAUUCAAGAGAGUAAUUACUUAGAAUGGACAGCAUCUGAUAUUGAAAUUUGUAAACUCAGAAACUAUACAAAAAAAGAAACAGUACGAAACUAUCGAGAAAAGCUUAACAAAGAAAAGAUUGAUUGUCGUAAACGACAGUAUAAUCUUUUGUCCGCAGAUGAGUGUAGGAAUAGUUUGAUAAUGUAUUUGAUCAAUAGUACUCAUGAAACAAUGUACAAGUAUUAUAUUAGAUGCCUUCAAUUAAAUCUUGACAGUAUUAUCCGACCGAAUGUGAACAGAUUGCACAGCGAGUACAAAUCAUUUUUUACCGAAAUGAGACUGCUAAGGAAGGAAGCAAAAGAGUUUGAAAAAAGAAUAUGUCAUUUAGAUAAUAGAAUGAACGUGAAAUCACUAUCAAUUUCAGUAUUUGUACGCGAAAUGGGACAAAUAUAUGAAACCGUUAUGAGUCAAGAUACAGUUAAAAAGGGUUUUUUAUAUAACUUGUGUCAAAAUCUUCUAAAAGCAGCUGUGUUUCUAUUAUGCGAAGGGUAUGCAAUAGAAAUAAUGGAUGGUAGAUCGAAUGCAGUUCCUGUUGAGUGGGUACAAGCAAUAUUAAAAGAAUUAAGUCAAUCCCUAGGAGACAUUCGAAUAAAAGUUAUUUCUGUUUUAGGCAUGCAGAGCACGGGGAAAUCCACAUUACUUAAUACAAUGUUUGGCUGUCAGUUUACCGUAGGAUCCGGGCGGUGCACACGUGGCGUACAAAUAAACCUUGUUAAAGUAUCAGACAAUAUUGGUCAUAAGUAUUCGGCCCAAUACUUUCUUCUAGUAGAUACUGAGGGCAUUUUGGUUUCUACGCCUAGCUCGAAACAGGCCACCCUUAGAGACAAACUUGGAAGGGAACUUGCAACUUUUGUGAUAGGUCUGGCAAACAUUACGAUUAUAAAUGUUAUAGGAGAGGAUGUUUCCUACCUUCAAGACAUCCUUCCUAUUUCAGUUUUUGCAUUCCUCAGAAUGGGGCGUGUUGGCAUAAACCCUAAAUGCAAACUUAUCCACCAUAAAGUUGACAAAAAGAAUAAGAGAGAACUACAAACUCAAUCUCACAUUCUUCAAGAAAGACUAAACGAUUUUACAGAAAAAGCAUGUUCUCUAGAAGGUGUGAAAAUAGAGACAUUCAAUGAAAUAAUUAAUUUUGAAUUGAAUGAGGAUGUAUACUAUUUCCCAGCAUUUUUAGAGACAAAACAUGGGAAAACUGAUGUCCAAGAUGCUAUCAGCCCUCUAUAUAGCCUAGAUGUUAUGCAACUUAAAGAUGAUAUAGUGAAAGAUAAUGAUGCAAACACAACUGUCUCGCUUACAGAGUUUUCCCGAAAUUUGACUAGUAUGUGGAAUGCUAUUAAAAAAGAAGACUUUGUUUUUGAGUUUCAAACUAUUUCUGAAGCUGACGCUAGAGCUAAACUAGAUAUAAAACUUUGCCAUUUAAACUGUACAAAAAGACAAGAAUUGGAAAAUGUAAUUUCUGUUCACCGGACUAAAAUGGCAAAUUUUGCAACUCUUCAAGACCUUGACGUGAUUACUGCUGAAUACGAUAAAGCAUUCAACAAUAUUUUGGAGACAACAGAAGACAAUUUACUUGCAUUGUUCGAUCGUUUACAGCGUGAAUGCCGUAGCGCACUUAUUAAGCCUUUGAAAAGAGUUAAAUCAGCUUGUCUUCUAGAAUGUGAAAAAAAUUUGAAGGAGUCCGUUGAUGAAGGCAAAUACCUCCUCAAUAAAGAAAAGCAAAUGAGACAAAAAGAGUUGGAGUUUAUAAAGGGUGACCAGGAAACUAAGCACAGUGUAAAUACAUUUAUUGACAGUAACCUUCCUGACGAGAGAAACCCAGACAGGUUGUUUGAAAAAUGGACAGACACUGUAAAUCUACGAGAGAGUGAAAUAGACACAUACGACUUUGAAGAAGACAUGAGAUCUAGUUUGUAUAAAUGCUUUUGGAUACACAAAAAGGAUGUCGAUGAAGUGUUGGAAAACUUUUCUUUUAGAAAUACUCCGCUAGAUAAGUUCGAAAUACAAGAAAGGUUUUGGCCAAAAGAUUGGAGAAGGGACUUGCAUUAUGAAAGAGAACGGGCUUCUGAUAUUGUUAAAACUGCAUACAAGAAUUGUAAAACUCUUGUUAAACAGGUCAAGAAAAGAAGUAUUUGGUAUUCUAAAAGAUUAUUUAUUGAUUUAGCUUAUCAAAUUAGAUGUCAGCGGGACAAUCUGGCUUUGCAUAUCAAACCAAGGUUCGAGAUAGAACUUGCAACUUCAGCGUUCUGUUUCCUUGCUCGAGAAUUAAGAACAAUAAGUUCUACAAACGGACUCAUUUCACAUGGUGUUAUGAGACAAAUAAGAAGUUAUUUCAUUUACAGGUGCAAGACAGUAUUAGGUGAUAUAUCAGACGCAAAGUCAGUCGCUGAUAAGUGUAUUGAUGAAAUCAUAAGAGCUAUGGCCGAGAGCGCACUAACAUCUACGACAAAUUUGUCGUCACCAGGCUUGUCAAACUAUUUUGGGAGUUAUAUGACAAAGAUGCAUCCUUUCUUGAUGUCCAAACAAGGUCUCCUUUGCUUCAUAUGGAAAAAUAUGAUAGAAACACCUGCAAACAACAUUGAUAAUAUUAGACGCUAUUCAACCUAUCCUUCUGCAAGUAUGAAAAACUGGCUGUCUGAUUUAUUUAGUAUUGAUAUAAUAGGACUUAAUAACACUGAUGAAGAGAAUCUGAAAUCAGUUAUCAAAAUGUUUGUAGACGAACAAAUCGAUAACAUCGGUGAACGUCUGAGUGAGAUUUUCAUAGAAGACAUUAAUAAUAGCAAUGUAAUGAAAACUUGCAUAGAUUUGAUAAUAGAUAAACUUGACAAGUCCAUUGUGAUUUCUACGCUGAGAAUAUAUGAAAAUUUUAAAAUUGAGAUGGAGGAUCCGAAUAAUUUCAUGGCAAUGUUAGUAGACAAGCUACGAUCGGAAUUAUCCAGGGGAAUACUGGUAAAUCGGAUACAUUUCACUUUGCUAGAGCAAAGGCAAGAUGAAAUAAGGUUACAGACAGUUGAAUCAAUCUUUAAAGAUGUAAUCGGUUGCGAAGAAACGUGUCCUUCCUGUGGGGAAAUUUGCUGUAUAGGUCAAAAGAAUCAUCACGACGAUCAUAGAGCGUUGAUGCAUAGACCAGUUGGAUUGAAAAACGCCUGCUUUAGUGAAUCGAAAAGUGUAGAUACAAGACCGUGUUCGGAGGAGUGUCAAAACAACCCUUUAUUUGAAAAAUGGGCUAUACCCUCAGAUGUUUGUGUUGAAGACAAUAGUUUUUGGAAAUAUAUAUUCGGAACAUAUAUCAAAGAUAUAACACUGAAACAAACAUUCGUUAACACAGAAGACAUUCCUGAUUCUUGGAAAGGUCUCUCAAAAGUUGAACAAAUGCGUGAACUUGAUGCAAUAAUAGAGAGUGUAACGAAAUUAUAGCUCCUUCUCAACGAAAAAAUGAACUAUUCUGAAAUAAGAAGUAGUUGUCUAGAAAUAUUUCGUAGGGGCAAUGAAAUAAGUGAAAUACAUUUUAUUUAAUAUAUCAUCUUUUUCCGAUGCAUCUUCUAACGCAUAUAAAUGAAAAGGAAUAAGAAGUGUUAUGGUAGAUAUAAGCAUAUUUGCCCGGUACAUCAUGGAGGAUUGUAUAAAAAACAGAAACGGCAUAUUUUUGCAAAGCGUCCGAAUGACUUUUCUAAACAAACAUUAUGAAUACAUGAAUCAGUCUUGAUACAAACAUGUGCAGAUCCCUUAGUAAAAUAUUACGUUUUGUUUAUUGAACUGUCCACUAUAAAAGAGACAAACCUGGCAUUAUUAUUUACCUCAGAAAAAUAUGCAAAUACUUUUCAUACAUGUAUAAUGAUACAGCUGAAUUAAGUAUAAUACUCAAAUCUCCAGGAGCUAUUUAAUAUCUCUUUUCGACAUUCUAAAAUUUUCAAAGAAAUAGGAAUGUCCAUGCCCAAUACCUUAUCGUAAAUAUAUAAUUUCAAGCGUUUUCCGUUAUGCUAUUUUAUGAUGAAAAGAUUAAUGGUUUGAUAUAACAUCACCACAAUACCCCACGGCGAGCAGGUUUCCUCUUUUACUUAUCUGCUUCUGUAAAUAGAUUUGAAUAUCUAAAACAAUUUGCUAUUGUUCAAUAUUAAAACUUGUUCUUUCUUUGACAUUGGCAAAACCGCCAUCUUGGAUAGAGUCAAAGAAAUUUGUUCUUUUGGAAUAUCUUGAAAGUGUUAUGGCAUCCUUGACAAGGAAUCAUAGAUGCCAAUAUGCGCAACAUUUGUUAAAGAUUCAUGCUAAAACUAUCAGGCGUGUAAUUGUGUUUAAAGGUCUUUAGUCGAUAUCUUAUUAUUCUGUUUCAUGUAUAUAGAUUUUACGCAAAUUGUUCUACAACAUUACAUGCAGUGCUAGCUAAUGUCAGUUCUGUACAAAAAAGGAUUCAAUUCUAUUUAUUGUAAAUAUGAUUAAUAAUAGGCAUUCUGUUUUAUUGAGAUGUAUGUUAGGCAGGAUUAUACUUAAACCUGUAAACAUAUAUGGUAAUCAGAGGUUUCACCAUUUAUAAAUUUUUAAAUCAUUCUUUCCCUUACUUAUAAAAUCAACAUAUUUUUAAAGCUACAUGCAAAAAUCAAGUUCCGUCAGAAAAGAACUCUGUUGUCAGUACAAUUAAAAGUCGCUAAGAUUUGAAUGACCUUAGAAAGUUUGAAAUGAUUGUUAAAUGGAAUGAAAAAGUUAAUUGAAUGUAUUUAACAUGAUAGUGUAAUACAUGUUGUAAUAUCAUGUGAAAGGAAACAACGACGAUGUCAGUCCGUCCAAAAUGGCUUCCAUAUGUUGUUGUCAAAUCUUUUUUGGUUAGUGACCGAUUUUCAUAAUUACUAUGACAUUUGCAAGUUUGAAUGUUACAUUAAUAGAAAUAUUUUUAUAUGUUACAGAUGGUCUUCAAAUAGAAUGAGGUGUAAACAUAUAUUGUGUAGAUAGUUUGCUUUAUAAAUAUGUUACCAGUUAUGAUAUGUUAUAAUUCAUAAUUGUCUUAAUUAAAGAGUAUACAAAGCACAUGUUGUCACUUCAGCGUAAAAAAGAUGCAUUGGCAUUUAGAACUAGUCAAUGAAGUGACGGUCUGCAUGUGUUAAAGACCUGCACGUGUUAUAGACUAGAUAUGAGUAAAUGUAUAAUGUAUAUUCGGUUUUAUUUUGUAUGUAAUGUAUAGCUAUUUUGGUAUUCAUACAUCAUUUUGUGUAUUAUUGUGAGAGUCCAUAGAGGUUUCAACAUAUAUGAGCACCGCUGUGCGAAAACCAACGUUAGGACUUUGUGACUACUAUGGAUCCAAAUAAGCGCACAUCCAUACCGUUAGUUUAUCCCCACAUCCAUAUUAUUUAUCAAUUUCAGCUGUUGUAUGCAACAGAUAAGCGGACAGUAUGGAUUCAGAUCAUACUGCAUGUAUGUGCAUGCUGAUUUGGAUCCAUAAUGAUCGCAGUGUCCAAUGUUGUUUUAUGUACAGUGGUGUUGAUAUAUUUAUUAUAAAUAAUAUUUGUAUUAUUCUUGACUGUCAAGUUCCAAGUAUUGUUGGGCAUACAAAAUUGACUGUCGUCUGUAUCAUUUUUUACGUAUAAACAGUUUGGUCAAAACAAUAUUUUAUUUUUAUGUUUGCAUUUAUCAAAAUAUGAUAUUGGAGGAUUGCGUUUGAAAUUCUAAGCUAAUUUUAAAACUCUGUCCCUUGCUUACACUUACUGUUUGAUUUUUAUAUACCGGGCACUUUUCUUUUUUAAACAUUUGGUAUUGUUUGGAUAUGCCCUAUACAUAUGUAUCCUUUCUAAAAAACAAAGUAGAAGAGUGAUAACUCGAACGGUCAAUAUUUGUAACAGUAGCAUUGGUUUUUAUAUAUGAAUUACAAAUAAAUGAAUUCUGAUACCAAGAAUGAUCCAUUAUUGAACAAAAUAUUACUUGCUGUUGACGAUUAUUUUCGGAUUUGAAAAUCUAUGCAUAAAAUUUCAUUAUUGAAUAAUUACUUAACGCAGUCGGUCAAAAUGACCAGCGAGAAACAUACAAGAGACAAUGUUUUUGCAGUUCUGCAUAUAUCAAGAAACUAGGAAUAAAAGCUGGAAUAAAACCUAGAUCCGGUAUGCAGUAAACACUCCAAUUACGGUUGGUAAAACUGUCAACGUUACUACCUUUUGAUAAAAACCAUAUCUAUAUUUAUACAAUUUAUAAUGAUAUGAAUAUAGUAAACAUUAUAUUUUGUAUGUAAAAUGUUUUGUUCCAUUUGUUCGAUAACACAUGUAGUAUAAAUCAAUUAAGAGAGAAAUAAUCUAAUUGAUGUCUUAUUUUAUUGACAAAAGUCUAAUAAAACAUUAUUGAAUCUUGGCUAUCUUGUAAUUGUUAAGGUGUGGUACAAGCUUAAGUGAAUGUUUAAAUCUAUUGUAUGUAAUAGGUCUUUACGAUUUAUUUUAUUCAGUAAAGUAAGCUUACUGUAUUCAUGUCUAAGCUAUCCACUUUUUUUUUAAUUUGAUAAGCUCAGUUUUAUCUGUUAUAAUAUGAAUGUUAUAUUAUUAUUCACGCCGUUUAUUAACAAUUUAUAUAUUUGUUUAAGUGUUGAAUUUUAAUGUCAUACACACUUUUUACGUAUUUUAAAGCCAUACAAUCAAACUAUAUUGGUAAAAUUAUUACACUCUGAGCAUAUUUUACACAAUAACAUAUGAAUAAGUUCUGAAUCUAUUUUCGUACCACACUUCUUAAUAGUAAUUUAACACAGUCAAAUAAUGUACAGUUUUCAGGAACUCAAAACUCAGAGUGAUUGAAAAAAGGAAACAAAAGAUAGAAGACUAUUGAUGCAUUUUCUGAAGAUCAUUUUAAGUUUUGUUCUGGUCACUAGUUUUGAAAAUACUUAAGAAUGAAAUAUCCUUAAGUUUUUCAUCAGAAAGAUAAAAAUCUUAAUCUGUCGGUCUUUCUAUUUUUAAAUCAUCACUUUUUAUAGUGUGUUCUUUUUUACGCAAAAGUAUCUCAGUAAUUUUCAAUAUCAUUAAGCAUAAUGUAUACUGUAAUAUAUCAGGUGUGGUAGCAAAUGAUAUUUAAUCAUCGGCGUAUAAUAUAAAGAAAAGUUUAUGUUCGUCUAUUAAGGUUUGUGUCAGUAUUUCCAUAAUGUCAUUCACUAACAUCUUGGACAAAAGAGAAGAGCUCGAAUACCCUUUUCAAUGAUACCUGACUUUUAAAGCAUUUAUUAUUUAAAUGCUGACGUUUUCACAGACUAAGUUUUGCCAAAGAAAUGGACGUUUCUUUUGUCGAAACAUUUUUAGUAAUCUAUCAAUACAUAAUGUAAUUUUCCAAAUUGUUACUCUUCGGAAAUUAGUGAAUGUUAUAUAAGGCAAUACAAUCUGCUAUACAUUUUUCUCUUUUAAAAUUCAGAUUGACAUUUUGUCAUUUUUUACAGUCGAUUUUUAAUAACAUGUUAUUCAAUAUUAUGUUAGGUAAUUGUUUGAUUCUUUUGGUUCCGCGCCUUUGGUGUAGGUGCAAUAUAUCCUAAUUACAAACUUUCAGGGUGAAGGUUCUUUAUGUGAGGAAGCCAUGCAGCUGGCUUAGGGAAUGUCAGUGGUUCUAUCCAGGUGCCAGCCAAUAAGGAAAUAAUGCAUACGGAGGGGCAACUGUGGCCCUCCUCCACCAUCAAAGCUGAAAAGUCUCCAUAUGAUCUGAAUUGUGUUGCUGCGACGUAAAACCCAACACAACAAAAACAAAGGUUAAAGUUAAAUGUGCGUUAUUCAUAAUUUCAUUGUCUCUAAAUUCUACUGGUCGAUUAAAUGUAUCUUUUAACAUUUUUGACUUUUAUUUGAAUUAAAAAUAACAUAAUAUUUAUAUAUCUUAAUCUGUUUUCAUAAAAGUAUACUGAUAAAGGUAGCCUGUUAGGUAUUAAUUGACUUAAUAACAGCAUUGAUGAUAGAAUUUCCUUGAAUAUUGUUAAUUUCUGUAAUAAAUAAUUUGCUAGUGAGA